AUAUAUAUAUAUAAAAGUGUUCAAAAAAAAAAAAGAUAUCAAGCUGCUGGAAAAGAAGUUACAAAUGAGCUCAUCCAAUAACAAUAAUAACAACAGCAAGAGCUUAUUAGUUGCAGAAACCAUCUGGACCCAAAUCCAAUCAACUCAUUCAGUGACUGAUGAUCAGCUCUCCAUUUUGCAUAUCCUGUUUGGGAAGAACUUGGAGAGAGCUACCAAGAUAGUCGAUCAAUGUGGCGUCAAGAAGAUAUCCGGACAGCCGAGUGGUCGUUCCAUCUUCCAGGUUACUGGGGAGUCAAGAAAGAAAGAAGAAUACUUAUGUUUCCCACAACACUAUUGUGCAUGUUAUUCAUUCUUUUAUGACAUUGUCAACAGAGGAGAGCAACUUUGCUGCAAACAUCAAUUGGCAGCCAGACUUGCUGUCUCAUUGGGUACAUGUGUUGAUGUCAAAGUUUCUGAUGAGCAGCUUGCACAUCUGCUUGCGAAAUUAUAACUGCAAACAAGUUAACUGUGGAUAUUGGAUAAGAAAAUCUCGUUCUGUUUAGGAUAAGUAAAGUUAAAGUUUUCAAGUUGUAUUAGUUGCUAUAAGCAUGGUUUGCAUCAUGAUGCUUGGUAUAUAUCAAAGCAAAAAGGUUUAGUAUUGUAAAGGACCAAAUUUGUUAUUCUUGUAUUGCUUUUGUUACAUUCAUCCAAAA